CACGGAGUUUCUCUCGGUUUGUGGGCUCAUCUAAAGGACCAACAUGGAGCGAGAAGUCAGCGCUCUCAGGAGGCCGACAAAUUUGUUGAAGAUAGAAAGGGAGGAAAAAAUACAGCUGUGACGAGUGUGGGAAAGAUUUUACUGUGAAAGCUUUACUAAAAAUGCAUCAGGUCAUCCACACUGGAGAGAGACCAUUCAGCUGUGACGAGUGCGGAAAGUCUUUUAUGCAGUCUGGAAACUUAAAAAGACACCAACUUAUCCACACUGGAGAGAGACCGUUCAUCUGUGGAGACUGUGGAAAGUCUUUUACCAGCUCUGCAGGCUUAAAAACCCACCAACUCAUCCACACUGGAGAGAGACCAUUCAGCUGUGGAGACUGUGGAAAGUCUUUUACCAGCUCUGCAGGCUUAAAAACACAUCAACUCAUCCACAGUGGAGAGAGACCAUUCAGCUGUGACAACUGUGGAAAGUCUUUUACGCAGUCUUCAAGUUUAAAAACACACCAACUCAUUCACAGUGGAGAGAGACCAUUCAGCUGUGAUAAGUGUGGAAUGUCUUUUAUGCAGUCCUCAAGUUUAAAAACACACCAACUCAUUCACAGUGGAGAGAGACCAUUCAGCUGUGAUAAGUGUGGAAUGUAUUUUACGCGGUCCUCAAGCUUAAAAUCACACCAACUCAUCCACAGUGGAGUUAAAGCAUACACCUGUGAUCACUGUGGCAGAGCUUUUACUCACAGUAACAGCUUAAAGAAUCAUCUAGUUACCCACAAGGGAAUUAAAGCGUACAGCUGUGACAUUUGUGGAAAAACUUUCAGCCGGCUAGACAGCCGAAAUAAACACCUACGCAUUCACACCAGACAUGAUGUGUACUGCUGUGAUCAGUGUGGUAAACUAUGUUUAACAGAUGCACACUUACAACAGCACAUGUUUACCCACUCUGAGGAGAGACCUUAUAAAUGUGACCUGUGUGAGAAGACUUUUAAAUCUCCACAUGACCUGAGACGACACCAACAGAUCCACACCAGAAAGAGACUCUACAAGUGCAGUUACUGUGAGAAGCAGAGCGACACAGAUGGAUCCAGUUCUCAACCCUGUCAUCACUGUGGUGGUGGGAAACACUUUCGUUGUGACCUUUGUGGAAAACGUUUCAGUCAUCAAAUCACCCUAAAAACACAUCAACGUAGACACACUGGAGACAAAAUGAACUACUGCAAAGAAUGUGGGAGAAGCUUCACCACAACAAGUGAGUUAAAACAACAUGAACUCAUUCACAGUGGGGUUAAAAAGCAUCUCUGUGAUCAGUGUGGGUCAUCCUUCAUUACUGCAAGUCACCUUAAAACACACAAACGAGUCCACACAGGAGAGAAACCAUACAAGUGCAGACACUGUGACAAAAGCUUCUCACAAUCAGGUCAUCGUAACUCUCAUGAACUUACACACAUGGAAGGAAACUACAGCUGUGACCAGUGUGACAAGAGCUUCGGGAAUUUCACUUCAUACUCCGAACACCAACGAUCCCAUGUUACUAAUAAACUCUUUCACUGUUACAAAUGUGUCAAAAUAUUCACCUCAUUAUCUGCUCUAUGCAAACAUCAGCGUGAUCACUCCCAUCUCUGUGAAUCUGCAGAGACAGAAAGAUCUUCUUCUGGUUUCAGGGUCAGACUCAAAACCCUUGAGAUCAGGCUCCACAGAGUUCAGCUGGAAUCUCCUGUAAAGAUCUGAUGAGGCAGCUUUGAAUGAAAAUGUGCCUCUCGUUACAUUUUUAACUUUCUAAACUGUUCUACUGUAGUGUUGGUGUUGAGUGGUUAGCUUUAUUCCAGCAGUUGAAUCAAAAAAUCUGUUUCCUCUUAUUAUGUUUUUAUUGAAUGUAUUUUGAUUCAUGUGUUCUGCAGAUGUUUUUUGUUUUUGUUUUUUUGUUCAGGUUGUUUGUGUUAUGAAAUCCUUCAACAGUUAAACCAAAAUUUGAAAUGUUAAAUAAAGAAAUCGUUUAAUGACAAAGA